UGUUAUGAAAUAUGAACAAUGUUUCUUAUAUCUAGUUUGUUUGUUGUUUUUUUUUUGCAAUCUGUUUACUGGAAUAAGGUAUAAUCAAGCGUUAUAUAGGAAUUGAGACUAGUUCAUCUACCAAGAUUAAGGAUGGAGUCGAGUGAUUCUAAACCAGAAACCGGGUGUCUUUCGAUCAUCGUGCUUGGGGCUUCUGGUGAUCUUGCCAAGAAAAAGACUUUCCCUGCACUCUUUCAUCUCCAUCGUCAGGGAUUUUUUGAAUCACAUGAUGUGCAUAUUUUUGGCUACGCCAGGAGCAAAAUGUCAGAUGAUGAAGUGAGGAACCGCCUUCGUGGAUACCUGACACCAUGUCAAGGUUGUGAGAUAAUACGCGAGGAAGAUGCAUCAAAGUUUAUGGGAUUGAUCAAAUAUGUGAGUGGACCUUAUGAUGCCGAGGAGGGAUUUCUGUUGUUGGACAAGGAAAUAUCUGCCAUAGAAGACAAAACAGAAAGAUCAUCCAGGAGACUCUUCUACUUUGCUCUUCCUCCAUCUGUAUAUCCAACUGUCUGCAAAAUGAUAAAAAGUUGCUGUAUGAGCAAAUCUGAUAAGGGUGGUUGGACUCGAAUUGUCGUUGAGAAGCCUUUUGGCAGGGACCUGGAUUCAGCUGAAGCACUGAGCACCCAGAUAGGAGAGUUAUUUGAUGAAUCACAGAUAUACCGUAUCGAUCAUUAUUUGGGGAAGGAGUUGGUGCAGAAUUUGCUGGUACUUCGUUUUGCGAAUCGCUUAUUCAUGCCACUGUGGAACCAUGACAACAUUUCAAAUGUACAGAUUGUAUUUAAAGAAAAUUUUGGAACUGAAGGCCGUGGUGGAUAUUUCGACCAAUAUGGAAUUAUUAGGGACAUUCUUCAGAAUCAUUUACUACAGGUGCUUUGCCUGGUUGCAAUGGAGAAACCUGUUUCUUUAAAGCCUGAGCAUAUUCGAGAUGAGAAAGUGAAGGUUCUCCAAUCUGUUCUCCCAAUCAAUGAUGAAGAAGUCGUAAUUGGACAAUAUGAAGGCUAUAAGGAUGAUCCCACAGUUCCAAAAGAUUCAAACACUCCCACCUUUGCAACCAUGGUUAUAAGAAUUCACAAUGAAAGAUGGGAAGGUGUUCCCUUUAUACUGAAGGCAGGGAAGUCACUAAAUUCAAAAAAGGCUGAAAUCAGAGUACAAUUUAAGGAUGUUCCUGGCGAUAUAUUCAAGUCUAAGAAGCUAGGGAGGAAUGAGUUUGUCAUUCGACUGCAACCUUAUGAGGCCAUUUACAUGAAGCUAACAGUGAAGGAACCUGGACUUGAGAUGAAAACUGCUCUGAGUGAACUAGAUUUGUCAUAUCGUCAGCGGUAUCAAGAUGUUGUCAUUCCAGAAGCAUACGAGCGCCUGAUUCUUGACACAAUACGGGGUGAUCAACAGCAUUUUGUUCGUAGAGACGAGUUGAAGGCAGCUUGGGAGAUCUUCACCCCAUACCUGCACAAAAUAGACAAAAAGGAAGUGCAUUCAGUUCCAUACAAGGCAGGGAGCAGAGGUCCAGUGGAAGCAGAUAAGUUGGCUGAAAAGGUGGGAUACGUUCAAACCCAUGGCUACGUAUGGAUCCCACCAACAUUGAAACCAUCUUAA